CCGGCACAGCUCUGAGGGCGGAGCGCCCCGCCAGGAGGAGCGGAGCCGCCCAACGGCCGCGCUGAGGCGGCGCCUUUUCCGCCCAACGGCCGAGCGCGCGCAGCGCCGCCUCCUCAACCGUCCCCUCGCGUGCCGCUGCCAUGGCUGAGGAUGGAGCCGCCAAGCUGCGCCUCAAGGCCAGGAAGGCGCCGACAGCCUGCGGCCGGGAGCGCCAAGCAUCGACUGACAGAAGUUCCUGGUUUGAAAAAAAUGACUUGAAUGAGUGUGAAAAAACAUGGAGCUUGCUACUGAGGAACAUCAGUCAAGAUUUACAAUGCACAAGUUGGCAAACAGUGCCCCAUUUUCCAGAGUUCUUCAGAAAGUAUGUCCAGCUUUGUUUUUAGUGUAUGGAUUUGUUCUGAAGACAUUGUGGGUAUGUCACAGAGCUCUGAGGAAGAGAGUCCACAAAACCAAGAAGUUUUCAAAGUUGGAAUGAAAGACUUCCAUUGGACAUCAUUUCCAGCCUUUCACAGGGAACAAAAUUUUAAACCAGAAGAUUUUAGCUCCCCUCAGCUAAUAGAAAUACAGACGGAGCAUUUACAUGAAGAAUGGGACCAAGAAGAUGAACUGAAUUUACCUUCUGUAUCUGAGCAAAGAUGCUGUAAAACUAAUACAGAUCCAAAAAACAUGGCCUGGGAAGGCACAAGAGGUUUUUCCAAGGCAGAUGUAGAUCUCAAGCCAUCUAAAGACACUCAGCAUAAAACUUCUACAUGCUACCUGCCAUCGUCACAAAGAGCUGUAAAAGCUCCAAGCAUUCAACAGCAUUGCAGAGGGACUGUGCAGAACAGCAAGGAGAACAGAAAACAAGAGAAAAGAGAGCUUCAAGCACAAAUGCAUCAAAGCAGCAUUUCACUUGGUGAGACCAGAAGCGUGCCUGCAGAAAGGAAACCUCCUCUGGGGAGCAUGGCUGGAAAUGAGAGCUGCAAGGAGAAUUCUGGACAUCAGAGUGAGGGAUCUUCAACUCUUGACAGCUGCCCAAUGUGUCUGAUUCGUUUCAGCGAAACGCUGUCACAACUGGAUAUCGAUGGCCAUCUUGCUAGAUGCUUAUCUGAAAGCACAGAUGAUAUCGUGUGGUAAAUCCAGAACAAUGAAGAGCAAAGGGACAAAGUCGAGUAUGAAUCUUUCUCUAAGUAAGAGGAAAGAUGUGUCAAGGAAACCUGUCCUGGUCUCAAACUUCCUGAAAUAUCAUCUAUCAGGAACUGAGAAGGUCAAGUGCCACCUGCCUGUUGUUUGGGAUCGUUUUAAAUCCUCCCAUAUGUAACCAAAAUAGCUGAGACAAGCACGUGCAGCUGCCUUUGUGCAACGUGAAAGAGCACAACAAACCAGUAUCUGAACUUCUGUCUCAGCAAACCUUUCUUCUGCACCUCAAGAGCCAGCAGUUCAGAUGCAAGCCAAGUCCACUGAAUAAACAGACUACAGCAUUGAAGUACAGGCAUAAUUCUGCAGGUUUUUUAAUUUACAAUAAGGUCGCUUUAAAAAGUGCAAGUUGGACAUAGCUCAGUUUACUGAUAAAUAAUAACAAUUAACUUUUUCAUUAAAGUCUUUAAUAGAUGUGCAAGAAUAUAAAUGAUCUUAGCUGUUAUGGAUUAGUAUACCAUCUUCUGCACAAAUAAAACUGGUCAAAGAUCCCAACUAAUUAAUUAUACAAAACUACAAGAACAUAUUUACUGUUUUACAAUCAUUAUAUUAGCUAGAAUUUUCAUUUACUAUUUCAAAUAAGACAACUAUAUAUCAUAACCAGAUCCAUUUGCAAUAUAUUAGGAUUUUUUUAAACCACACAUUACAUCCUUCAUUUUCUUUUAUUUAUAAAACAAGUACUUUAUAUAAAAAAUUUCCCCUUCAUUAUGAACAGAACAUUAUUCAUACACUUGCACAUGAGCAACCAAACUUGUAUCCAGCAAACUAUUUGGCAACACAGCAACAUUGUAAAUGCCUGUAAGUUUUUAAAUAAAUCAAGUAUUCUUUACAA